CAAUUUCAAGGUUCACGGCGCUAUUUUGAUUCCGAAAUGACCUUCGGUGUUUUUGUGAAAAGUCUAAGUCGGUUUAGUAGGCGUGUUCCAUAUCAUGCGUUAUCAAAUAAACCUACAAAAUGGUUUUCGCAAAUGUCAUCGAAUGCUGUGAAAGAUUCUGAAAUAAUUCCACCUUCUUUCUGUGGUAGUAAUGAAAAAGAAUAUCCUAAACACAUACACGAUAUCGUUGAUCGUAUCAGUGCCCUCUCACUGUUAGAGGUCGCAGAAUUAUCAGAGUUAUUGCAAAAGAAAUUAAAUAUUAAGAGUUCUGGACCUAUGAUGCCCAUGAUGGCUCAAGCACCGACAAAUCAAUCUCCAGAAGAACCUGAAGAGCAACAGGCACCGACCAAAAUGUCAUUCUCAGUAAAGAUUGUGAAAUUUGACGCUGCGAAGAAAAUCCAACUUAUCAAGGAAAUAAAACAGGUCGUUCCUGAAAUGAAUCUUGUCCAAGCUAAAAAGUUUGUGGAAAGUACACCUGCAAACGUGAAGACUGAUGUGCCUAAAGAAGAGGCUGAACAAAUAAAAAAGAUAUUAGAAGAGGCUGGAGCGUCUGUUGUAAUUGAAUAAAUAAUACUGUACAUUAUAAUUUACAAUGUAGUGAAAUAUAUUUUUUUGUAAAUGAUCAAA